UUUUGCCAUGCUAACUGAGGAAAAAUAGAUGAUUUGAGUUUGGUAUAAUGGUACUAAUGAAGGAUAUGUCACUCUCUAUUGCCCCAAUUUACUAUCCAUUCCCUAUGAAAAAUUGUCCUCAAAUUCCUAGCUACUUCUAUUCAAACAACAACCGUUCAAGAUUGAGGCAGAAAUGUGGAAGAAUAAGAUGUUAUAGUAGAAAGAUAGAAGAAAAGAAUUACUAUGAGUUGCUUGGAGUUGGUGUUGAUUCAGAUGGUAAAGAAAUUAAAGAUGCUUAUAGGAAGUUGCAAAAGAAGUAUCACCCAGAUAUUGCUGGCCAACAGGGUCAUGAGCACACUCUAAUGCUGAAUAAGGCUUAUAAGGUUCUGAUGAAGGAGGAUCUGAGGCGGCAAUAUGACGCUUCCAUUGGCCGAUUGCGAAUGCGGUAUGGAAAUGACAAUAAUGUCCUCGGUUUCAGCUCCUGGAAUGGACCGUUCAGAUCGCAAGCAUUGUUCAUUGAUGAAAAUGCUUGUAUAGGCUGCAGAGAAUGCGUGCAUAACGCGAGCAACACGUUUGCCAUGGACGAAGCUAAUGGAUGUGCACGAGUUAAAGUUCAAUUCGGAGACGAUGACUGUCAAAUUCAGGUUUCGGUUGAUUCAUGCCCUGUGAACUGCAUUCACUGGGUUGAUAAGGAAGAAUUGGCGGUGCUAGAGUUUCUGAUCCAACCAAAACUUAAGCAAGGGUAUGGUGUGUUUGGACAAGGUUGGGAAAGACCUAAGAAUGUUUUUGCAGCAGCUAAGUCAUUUAGUUCGCAGUUGAAACAGAAGCCUGAGCAUUUUCAAGCAAGAUCAACUGUUGACGACGAGACGCCUGCUCAAGCUGAGGCUCGAGCCAAUGCUACCAUGAAAAUCAAGAGGGAGCGUUUUUCAACAAUCUGGAAUUUGGUGAAAAAAUUUCUUUGGCUCAAACAGGUGGAGUAGGAAGUAAAAUGUGCAUAACCAGGAAAACUUCGCAAAGAUCUGCCAUACAACAUAGAGAUGGCAGCUAGAUUGCAGAUGUAAUGUGAAAUAGAAGACAAAUGUAUAGACUAGAAUAGUUCAUGCUUCAUAUGAAUGCAUCAGAAAAUGUAAAUGCUGAAUUAUAAUGGUACUUGUACAUUAUAUAAAAUGUGUAGUUUAUCAUCACAAA